AUGCCAAUCAUGAGCUCACAAAAGAUUUUCAACGAAGCUGAAGCAGGCUUUGCGCACUGCAUCGCCGCCAACUCUGGCGCAAACAACACCACUACACCUUUAUCUGUUCAUGUUGAACACAAAGAACAAGAAGAUCAAGAAACCUUCCCAGGUGGAUUUGAAGGUCCAGAGAAAAAGUUGGACAUUAGAUUUUGUUCAAAAUACACUGGAAAGAAUUCAGGACCAAAGUCUGGAUUAAGAUCGAUUGGUAAAGAGCAAUGGCAAUCAGUAUUGGAUAGCGCUAGAUGCACAAUUAUUAGCAGCACAAGCAACCAAUAUUUGGAUUCCUAUGUUUUGUCCGAGUCUAGCCUUUUUGUCUACCCACGUAGAGUGAUGAUCAAGACCUGUGGUACCACCACCCUUUUGCACUUGAUUGAAAAGAUGACACAACUUGCCAAAGACACUUGUGGAUUAGAGGUUGAAAUGCUUGUUUUCUCGAGAAAGAAUUUGAACAACCCAGGCAAACAAAUCUUCCCACAUUGCACCUUUUCAGAUGAAGUCGACUACUUGAACAAGAUCUUUAACAAUGCAGGACAUGCCUAUGUCAUGGGACCAUUGAACAAAGACCACUGGAACUGUUACAUCAUCGACAAUAGAAGAUCGUCUACCAUUAGACGUACCGAACAGACUUUUGAAGUGAUGAUGCAUGACCUCGACCCACAAGUCAUGAAACAAUUCUUUAAACGCGACGGAGUUUCUGCAUGGGAUACUACUGUAAGCAGUGGUAUCUCAAAUCUCCUACCUGGUAGCAUAAUAGAUGACUACCAAUUCGAUCCUUGUGGAUACUCUAUGAAUGGAAUGUUGGAUAAAUGGUACUGGACUAUCCAUAUCACACCUGAAGACCACUGUUCAUAUGUAUCUUUUGAUACCAACAUUGCCCUCCCAAGCUACCAUAUCUUGUUGGCCAAUAUUCUCAAGGUAUUUAGACCUGGAAGAUUCACAGCUGCCCUUUAUGCCGAGGAUGGAGCACCUUGUGGUGAUCCCUACUUUGCUUUUGAUUCUCAAUUGUUGGAACACGCCAUCACAAACAAAACCGUUCAUUCAUUUGACGGUGGAAUUGAUCCAGUUAGACUUUCUAUCAAUAAUAAUUUUGCAGUUGAAAGAUAUAAAGACAAAAAAUACUAA